AUGGUAGUUUUCACAUGCAAUGCGUGUGGAGAAUCUGUGAAGAAAGCACAAGUUGAAAAACAUGUGAAUAUCUGCAGAAACUGUCAGUGCCUUUCUUGCAUGGAUUGCGGCAAGGAUUUCUGGGGUGACGAUUAUAAGGAACAUGUGAAGUGUGUAAGUGAAGACCAGAAAUACGGUGGAAAAGAUUUUGAAGCCAAAACUAACAAAGAAGGUGCUAAACAACAGGAGUGGAUUCAGAAAAUUCAUGAAGUAAUGAAGAAGCCAAACAUAAGCCCCAAAGUGCGGAACAUUCUGGAGCAAAUGCGUGUCUUUGGUAAUAUUCCAAGAAAAAAAGUAAAGUUUCAGAAUUGGAUGAAGAACAGUUUGAGAAUUAGUGACAGCACUUUGCAGGACCAGGUGUGGGAUAUUUUCUCUGAAGCAACCAGAAAUAUUUCCAGUGAAAAAGAACAGGACAAAUCACAACAGAAGGAAGAGGGGCAGUCUGCAGAAACUGAGGAAAAAACAACAGGAGAAGAAAAUGGAAUUACCGAUGAUAAAAUUGAGAGGAAAAAGAAUAAGAGAGAACGAAAAGAAGAGAGACAAAAGAACAAAAAGAAGGAGAAAAAAGACUUGAAAUUAGAAAACCAAUCAGAAGUAAAAAAGAGUAAAAAGUCAAAAAAAGGAAAGGAGAGCUUGGAGAAUGAAUCUGAAAUAAAUGGAAAUGGCCAACAGAAUGAAAUAGAAGAGGAAACAAAUGUAAAGAAACGCAAACAUAAACAUGUAGAAGAGGAACCUCAUAUCACAAUAAAGAGAAUGAAAACUGAAGACAUUUCAGAAGACAUGGAAACAGAAAACACCAAUGGCAACGAAGAAAAUGUGGGAACAGAUAAAGGUAAAUUCAACUGGAAGGGAACCAUCAAAGCUGUUCUGAAACAGGCUCCAGACAAUGAAAUUUCAAUAAAAAAACUAAGAAAAAAGGUUAUAGCUCAGUAUUACGCAGUGGCUGGUGAACAUCACAAAUCAGAAGAGGAUAUUCUCGUCCUAUUUAAUAAGAAAGUGAAUAACAAUCCCAAAUUUAAAGUUUUAAAGGACAAAGUUAAACUCCUGAAAUAA